GGUGUGUCAGUUUGCUGUUUGUCCUUUGCGUAGCAGCCCGCGGAGUUUGAGUGUGAGAAGGUCCGGAUCGCGGCGGGCUCCAGGCUUCACAGAAGUCAAUGCUAGGAGGUAUGGCCCCCCUCAAGAAGCCUCGGAAUCCCACAAAACUGCCCCUGACUUUAAACCCCACGAAGAGCAAGGAUGUUUUGGCAGUGCUGGCUGAGAGGAACCAGGCCAUAGUACCAGUUGGGGCUUGGGUGGAACCUGCCUCACCAAAUUGGUCGGGAAUUCCAGCGCACACUUCAGCAUCCAUACUUGAAGAGGAAAUUAAGGAACAGCAGCGAAGGAAGCAAGAGUCUCUGAGACAUUUUCAGAGACAAGUCAAACACCGGGUCAAUCAGCAGGCUAAGCUGAGGAAAAAGCAACAACUUGACAAGUCUUACAAAGCAGCAGAAAAGGAAGGCUCUAUAGCCAUACGGUAUUCAGACUCAGCACAUUUAACUUCUAAAAGGACAAGUGUUUUCCCUCGCAAUUUGAAUGCUGCUGUUGGAAGUUUUAGGUUCCCCACUUCCCUGGUGCUUGGUGAUGCAACAGAUGAUGCAGAGAAUCAGAAUCAGUUGUUUGAACAACAAGCUCAAGCUCUUAGUCAAACUAUGAAGCAGGCACGUCACCAGCUGGCGUCCUUUAAAACUGUGAGUGAAAAAAAGACAUCAGUGUUUCUGAAUGGUGGAAAGAACAGCUCUCCUACCCAAGAGGACCUUGGCUGUGGGAAAAUUUCAUCUGUUGCGGUAAGUGAGGAGAGAGACAAUUUGUUUGAGAGCUGCCAGCAGGAUCUCCUUUCUGAAGACAAAGAAAAGGCUCUCAGCAAAGUUCAGAAAGUAAAAUUCAAAAAUCCAUUAUCUGUUGUAAUAAAGGAAGAUGAAGGAAAGCAAUUGUAUCCUCAUAGUCUUCAGCCUGUUCUUCCAGAAGCCCAGGGUUAUUUUGUAGAAGUUAAAAGCUGCCUUCCAGAAUCUCAGAGUGAUAUGAUAGAUGUCCAGGCUGUUGAGCCUAAAGCUUCAAGAAUUGAACCUAAAGAGCCAGGUGGUGAGCCCGACACCCAGGCCGCUGGAAUGGAGUUUCAGACCAUAGAACCAGACGGCCAGGCUGUGAAGACGGAAAUUCAGGACACUCUUAAAGUCCAGACUGUUGAGCUAGACGGGGAUACUGAGUUGGAAGCCCAGGAUUCUCUACCCUCACACCAGGCCUUUCUAUCCAGAGACCAAGAUUUUCUGCUCAAUUGUCAAUACCAGGGUUCUUUACCCAAAGAUCACUGUGUUUUCCCUCAUUACCAGAAUGUUUUACCUAAAUACCGGGACCAGCAUUUUCUACCUGUAGCCCAGGAAUUUCUACCUACAAACCAACUUGCUUUACCCAAAGAACAGAAUCAUCCACUCAAAUGUCAGAAGCAGGAUCUCCCACCUGAAGACCAGUUUCCCCUGCCCAGACAUCAGUAUAUUUUACCUAUAUAUCAGGACCGAAGAGAUCCGCAUGUUCUUCCUAAAUGUCAGGAUCAUGAUGUUCUUUCCAAAGCCCAGAACUAUCUACACAGUUAUCAGGAGCAGAAUCUUCCACUGCAAAGUCAGGAGGUAAACUUUAAGGAGCCAUUCUUUGAUAUAACAGAUGGGAAAGGGAGAGAAAUUUUUUUUCUGGACAUAUUUCUCAAGCAACCAUCAACUUUUAUAAGGGGUGGUAAGGAGUUGCCUCUUGAGUGUCCUCAUUAUGCUCCACCUCAUAUUCAGAACCAAGUCUUCCUUAGAGAACAGAGCCAGCAGCCAUCUGUUAGGACAGCUGAAAGGUGGCAAGAGGAUUUGUAUCUCAGUGGCCAUGAAUGUCUUCCACCCAGACAACGGAGAGACACGUGCAGCAGGCGACAGCAGCUCUGUGAGGAGUAUCGAACAGGACCGAGCACUGAACAGCAAGCUCUGCUGCCAUUUCAGUCUGGAGUGGAUCAAGAAGAAGACAAAAAAGAGCGUCAGAAGCAAUAUCUGAGACACAGGAGGAUUUUCAUGGAUAUUGAAAGAGAACAAGUGAAAGAACAGAACAGACAAAGGGAGCAAAAGAGGAGGGCUGAAAAAAUUAAGAAAAGGAAAGAACAAGCGCGCUACGCUGAAGAGCAGAGACUCCUAAGAGUGAACUGUCAUGAAGAACCUUGUUCAGAAGAGAAGAAGAUAAGUGAUGUUUUAGCUCAGUUACAACUGCAAGAAAUAAAAGGAGCCAGAGAAAAACAGCAACAGAGAGAGAAAGAAUAUGUAAGAUAUGUAGAAGCUUUACGAGCCCAGGUCCAGGAGAAAAUGAAGCUUUAUAAUAUCACUUUACCUCCGCUGUGCUGUUGUGGUCCUGAUUUUUGGGAUGCUCAUCCUGAUACCUGUGCCAACAAUUGCAUUUUCUAUAAAAACUAUAGAGCAUAUAAUCGGGCAUUGCAUUCAGUCAUCAAUUCUUCUGAUAUCUCUGAGGGGAACGCAACUCUUCGAAAUGCCAUUCGUAAUUUUGCUUCUGCACAUAGACAGAACUUCAAAACAAAGUCUCCAGUAAGAGGAUGAAGUCAGUGACGAUGACUGGUAAAGAGUGUGAGCAAAAUGCUAUGUCAUGUAGAAAACCAC